AAUUCUUUUUAACUUAGCAAUACGUGUUACGGAAUAGUAACGGCCAGCUAGAUAGUACACCGCCCCCGCAAUAGAAAGUUUUAUGUCAGCUGAUUUAUGCCAAUAAACAGCUGGCGCAUCAUAUCAUCAUAUCCGCAGAACGUAAACAAAAGAAAAACAGCAUGUCCAGAAGACUUUUAGCAUUUGCCAAGCAUUUAAAAACUCCUCGCCUUGGAGAUGGAGCUGUUAUUUACAACUUUCCAACAAAACUUGCCACGCAUACCUCGUCAGCAUACAACAACACAACUGCCAUCACACGAAUCAAUUUUAAUAAACAGUAUUGUACCAAAACUAGCAUCAACUCCAUACCCAUUGUCGGAUAUGAAGAAAUCAAACAAUUAACUAAAUAUCCCAAUAAAUUACUCAUCGAUGUGCGGGAACCGGAGGAGCUUCAAGAAACUGGCCGAAUUCCCACCUCCAUCAAUAUACCACUGGAUCAGGUGGCCACGGCAUUGGCCGAUACCGUUGAUGCCGGCGCUUUUAAAACAAAAUAUGGACGUGAUUUUCCAAGCAAGGCGACUGAAGUAAUUUUCCAUUGCCGUAGUGGCAAAAGAUCACAAAAAGCGGCGGAAACUGCCAAAAAAUUGGGCUAUGAAAAUGCCAAAAACUAUUUGGGCUCUUGGAACGAAUGGGCCGAGAAGGAGGGUCUUUCGAAAUGAUAAGUGGAAGACACCAACCACCUUUUGGUGCUGAUAAAUGCUCUAUUCCAGAACCUGCAAGAAUCUACUAUUUUUGCAAUUUUUUUCGAUAUCAUAGAGGGAAAGUCUUUUAACCUAGUAAAAAUGUUUUUAAUUCUUGUAAUUCUGGAUCUGACCAAAUGUUAUCUCGAAAAUGUGAUCAAAUUUUAAUACAAAAUAAAGGAAAGAUGUUCUAUUU